AUGGAGAAGCCUCGCUAUGUCUUACCGCCGGCGGAGAAGCUGAGAGAGAUCUGGACGGAACAAGAAGGACGUGCCGAGAUCAUCAAGGCAAGACGAGCCGAACAGUUGGCGAGGAAGACGACGAAGGAACAGCAAGCGAAUGCUGAGCAACAUGCUGCUGAGGUGAUUCAGAGGAAUUUCCGAGGAUACAGAGACCGACGAGCACUGCGCGGCUAUGAGCUGUCCCCGAGUCUCCGCUGGACCGACGCGAUCAAAGAAGCCAAGUACCACAAUCUCACCUCCCCCCGUUCCCUUGCCGAGCGCACCAGCCUCUCGCCCCCCGGCAACAAAGUCCAGGACCGAUGGCGAAGAGUAGGCGCCAUUGCCUACCGGGCCGGCAGCGACGACACGAGCGAAAGCGACGGCGAGAACAAAACCGAUGAGCAACGGCGCCAGAUCCGCACACGCCAAAAAGCCGAUAAGCAGCAGCGGGAGCAAAACGCCAAGGUCAUGGGUCUAGAGUACUUCCUCGAAAUGGUGGAUCAGAAACACCGGUACGGAAGUAAUCUGCGACGGUACCAUCAGGAGUGGAAACAGGCACCCACGCAUGAGAAUUUUUUCCACUGGCUGGAUUACGGGGAGGGGAAGGGCUUGGAUUUGGAGGAUCGGCCGAGGAGGAGGUUGGAUACGGAACAAGUGCGGUAUCUGUCCCGGGAGGAGAGGAAGAGGUAUUUGGUCAAUAUUGACCGACAGGGAAGGUUCUGCUGGGCCAAGGAUGGGAAGGUGAUAACGACUAGUCAUGAGUGGAAGGAUAGUGUGAAUGGGAUCGUGCCUGUGGAUGAUCCGACACCGACGUGGAGGGAGGUUACGACUGGUGUAGCCCCUGAACCCUCGCCGUCUGAUGACGAGGACUCGGACCUUUCAUCCAUCGGCGGCGGCAGUCAAGAGGACGAGUCCAAAUACACGAACGAAGAACUGCACAACGCCAAAGGCCUGGGCAAACUGAACCACCUCUCCGUCGACACAGUCAAGAACCAUCUCCUCCGCAAGACCACGAAGAAGAACACCUGGAUCUUCGUCGCCGAUACCUCCAUGCGCCUCUACAUGGGAAUAAAACAAUCCGGCGCCUUCCAACACUCCUCCUUCCUGCACGGCGCCCGCGUCUCCGCCGCCGGCCUCAUCAAGCUCAAACGGGGCGAAUUGCGCAAACUCUCCCCACUAUCAGGCCACUACGCCCCUCCCGUCCGCAACUUCCGGGAUUUCGUCCGACAUCUCAAGGACGUAGGAGCCGAUCUCUCGCACUGCAAUAUCUCGCGCUCUUACGCGGUGCUGCUCGGUCUGGAGGGAUAUCUGGGAGCGAAGAAGCAGGUCAAGAGUGUGGAGAAGUCGGUGAAGGAUAUUUUGGACCCCGAGGAGAAGAGGAAGAGGGAGGAGAAGGAGAGGGAUAUGUCCAAGUCUGCGCAGAGGGAGAGGGAGAUUUUGAGGGAGCAGGCUGAGGGGGAGAGGAGAGAAAGGAGCUUUAGUUUGAGGUUGAAGCAGGGGUUGGGGUUGGAUGGGAAGGUGGGAGAGGAGGAUGUGGGAGCUGGUGCUGAUCAGCCUGUUGGUGGAAGGAAGUAA